AUGUUCGCUCGCCGGCCCUGCGCUCCCCGCCGCUCUGCCCUCACAGCCCCGCCGUGCUUCCGUGACAGCCCCGCCGCCCUGCCCUCACGGCCCUGCCCUCACAGCCCCGCCGCUCUGCCCUCACGGCCCUGCCCUCACGGCCCUGCCCUCACAGCCCCUCACGGCCCCGCCGCCCUGCCCUCACAGCCCUGCCCUCACAGCCCCGCCGCUCUGCCCUCACGGCCCUGCCCUCACGGCCCUGCCCUCACAGCCCCUCACGGCCCCGCCGCCCUGCCCUCACAGCCCUGCCCUCACGGCCCCUCAUCGCCCUGCCCUCACGGCCCUGCCCUCACGGCCCCGCCGCCCUGCCCUCACGGCCCCGCCCUCACGGCCCCGCCACCCCGCCCUCACAGCCCUGCCCUCACGGCCCCUCAUCGCCCUGCCCUCACGGCCCUGCCCUCACGGCCCCGCCACCCCGCCCUCACAGCCCCGCCCUCACAGCCCUGCCCUCACGGCCCUGCCCUCACGGCCCCGCCACCCUGCCCUCACAGCCCCGCCCUCAUAGCCCUGCCCUCACGGCCCUGCCCUCACGGCCCCGCCACCCCGCCCUCACAGCCCCGCCCUCACAGCCUUGCCCUCACAGCCCUGCCCUCACAGCCCCGCCCUCACGGCCCUGCCCUCACGGCCCCGCCACCCUGCCCUCACAGCCCCGCCCUCACGGCCCUGCCCUCACAGCCCCGCCCUCACAGCCCCGCCCUCACAGCCCCGCCCUCACAGCCCUGCCCUCACGGCCCCGCCACCCCGCCCUCACAGCCCCGCCCUCACAGCCCUGCCCUCACGGCCCUGCCCUCACGGCCCCGCCACCCCGCCCUCACAGCCCCGCCCUCACAGCCCCGCCCUCACAGCCCUGCCCUCACAGCCCCGCCCUCACAGCCCUGCCCUCAUAGCCCUGCCCUCACGGCCCUGCCCUCACGGCCCCGCCACCCUGCCCUCACAGCCCUGCCCUCACGGCCCUGCCCUCACGGCCCCGCCACCCUGCCCUCACAGCCCUGCCCUCACGGCCCCGCCGCCCUAGGCCGGGCUGGCACCGCCCCGGUGCCCCCGAGCCCGGUGGGUGCCGUCCGGAGGGACCGUCUGCGGCUGCUCCGGCCCGUUCCGCCCUUGCUGACUUCUAAGGAACGGUUCCGGGUCUCGAAGCCAAUAUCACAUAACCCCGGAGGAGACGCCCGGCAGGAUGCUUGUAACCACACGGAGGAUAUGGAGGAGCCUCCCUUCUCCGUUCCUCCCAGACGACACCCGGCAGCAGGGGAGCAGAGGCUUCCCCCGCAGCCUGCCCGGGACCUUUCCUCCCUCCCCGCAACGUGCGCCUCGGGGGUGCAGUAUUCCGCCGGGAGCCGCGCGGGCCGAGGCGGGGGAUGCGGGAGCCGGGAGCGCGCAGGGCGGUCGCAGGGCGGUCACAGGCUCGGCCAGCAGCGCCCCGCUCCGCGCCGAACUGCCCUGCAGACAACGCACGAUCCGCCGGCCGCUCCCCGCCGCGGCCGGCGCCGCCGGAACGUGUCAAACUUGAGAGGCGAGAGCACCUCUGGAAAGGCGGCGGUCCCGGCCGGCCCCGCCCGCGCCGCGGCGAGGGAAGAUGCGCCGGGGGCGCGGCAGGACCGGGGGCGCUCCCCGCCGGAGGCCGCCGCACCUGCUCCCGGAGGCGCUUCGCCACCCGGAUCCCCGCAUCCCCCGGCCGCUCCCCAACUUUUCCCCGCACCACUUCGGGAAAGUGACCAAACUUGCGGCGGGGCCGCGCUGGGGCCCCUCUUCCCGUGUCCCCUCCUUAUCGCCGGCGGCGCUACCCCCCGACCUCAUGGCUCUCUCCCGGCGCCGUGGUUCCCAGUGCCGGUAAUUGUGGGGCGGAGGAGCGGCGGCCGCGCUCGGGGCCGGGCGCGGUGCGGGGCGCGUCCCCUCCGCCCCAGCCCGCUCCGCUCCCUUCGCGGCCGGCCCAGCCCCGCUCGGGCACGGGGACACCGGGACCGGCACCCGCCUCCGGGUGAGGAUGGAGCCGGCGGCUUCGACGGGCUGAAGGCUCGUGGGCGCGGGUCCGGCAUGGGUUUCUGUAAUGAAAAUGACGGCAUCCAAAGCAAACUAGUUGAUAAAUGCAGGCAUCUCCCUCGACGGGAAAGCCAGUUCACCCGGAGUUCAGUCUAUGCGAGCAGGAGCGGUAUGAGGGGACACAGAGGUAUUUUUAAAUUUCUGAAGUUAUCUUUACAGAACAGGGGGUUUCUCUGGGCGCUGUUCUCCCGCAGGAGUGCUUUUCGGCACGUCCCAAUUCCCCUGCCCGGCCUCACCGGCAUCUCAACCUUGCAAUGCCCCUUUACACCUCACCCGACCCUCCAGAACGGGUAUGUUCAAAUGACGGCAAACAUACAGCAAAGAAUGAUGUGUACAAGUACCUUAGUACCAGUGCUGGUGGCGGGUGACCGGACAGCACCCUGCUGA